AUGUGUAUUUCCACGGGCACGCAUCUGGGCGAUGCAGUCGCGGAUGGUCUUGCAGGCACCUUAGACCAGUUCCCAGAGCCAACCGCGUACACCUUCGCCAUCCCGGGCAACAAAGGGUACAUCCAGGAUAGAAAGCUGCUCUCCCUUAGCGAGACGGACAGCUUUCAGGCGUGGGCGAGACUGAAGGCGUACCCUCACAAGCCGGACGAAGUUGAGCAUGUCGAUGUUAGCUUCCUCUCUGACACGUCUAUGGCGGCUUACAACCUCUCCCAUCUGCCGAUCAAUAUGUAUCCUUUCAACCUCGUUGCGGAGAAGAAUUCAAACGCCAUGAAAGAGAAGCUUACCGUUUUGAUACGCUAUGUGUUCCGGAAAGCUGCUAGUAUCAACCAGCCAUUCUCGUUGGAAGCCAAACAAACAUUCAGGAAUGUUCUGGUCGGUAUCCAGAAGGACAUUGAAGCAGCAAGAGGUGCCGACAAACUGUUGAACACCCAUCCCCCAAACAGGCUCCCGAAGAGUCUCUCGUACGUUGACGCACUUCUUAUUGGGAAGACUGCCGGAGGCGCCAACGUGAUCAUCGACCAGUAG